ACAUCAACCCAAAAAUGAAGCUCCCUCUUCACUUCCUCCUCCCUCUCCUCCUCCUCUCCACCCUCCUCUGUCUCUCCUCCUCCGAACUCUGCCACCCUGAGGACAAGAAAGUCCUUCUAGAUAUCAAAAAAGCCUUCAACGACCCUUACGUCCUGUCCUCAUGGGACCCCAAGGCAGACUGCUGUCAUUGGCUCUGCGUCGAAUGCGACCCCACCUCCCACCGCAUCAUCACCCUAACCAUCAUGGCCGACAAUAAGAUUUCCGGUCCCAUCCCACCUCAAAUUCCUGUGGGAGGGAAGUUGCAGAGAUUUGAUUAUUCUUCCUACUUCCACAAUAGGUGCUUGUGUGGGGCGCCGCUGCCAAGUUGCAAGUGAGGGCUCUGUAAUAAUACCUUCUUCACUUCCUCAAAAAGUCACAUGUGUGGGUGCUUGGAUUAGCAAGUUUUAAUACAAGUGAUAAUUAGUA